AAGACGAGGCCACGAGGCACCAUGGAGCUUCCCAAUUACAGCAAGCAGUUGCUGCAGCAGCUGCACGCCCUCUGCAAAGAGCAGCAGUUUUGUGACUGCACCAUCUUCAUCGGGCCCAUGCAUUUUAGAGCACACAAGGUUGUUCUGGCUGCUUCCAGUCUGCUUUUCAAGUCCUUGCUGGACAGCACGGACACCAUCUCCAUAGAUGCUUCUGUGGUGACCCCGGAGGAGUUUGCGCUCUUGCUGGAGAUGCUCUACACUGGUAAACUCCCGCUGGGCAAACACAACUUCACCAAAGUCAUCUCGGUGGCAGACACUCUGCAGAUGUUUGAUGUGGCUGUUAGCUGCAAAAACCUCCUCAGAGAUCUCCUCGGUUGCUCGACUCGGGAUCAGGUGGUGAGAGGUGUCUCCAGCCAGGCCGCGGGCUUGUCUGCAAACGAUGUUGAAGCUAAUAAUGCACCCCAGUUUGAGAAGCCUCCUUCUGAAGUAAAACCGGACACGCUUCUCCCUCAGAAAACUUCCUCUUCUCCUGGUCCUGCAGAAGUAGAAAUGGAAGCAGAUAUUCCUGGCCAGGAGCUUGCUGUAAAUCACACUUUGGUUCAUCAGAAUGUAACGCCAAGCGACCCCAAAUCCCUCGGGGAGGAGCCAAGUGCUCGUUCAGAUCCCCGUUCCCAUGUGGAGCAGGACAGCUGUGUGGCAGAGGGGGUUGCUGAGCUCUCUGCUGAGAAAGGAGGAAGGAUUGAGGAUUUAGCACCAGAGAGCAAAAGCUGUGAACUGGAUUUCUUUCUUCGGCACGAAAGUGUUUUCUCUGAGGCCCUUUCUGAUGCCCAGACUGUGCUGAAGAGGCUAGAAGAGUGCCAAGAAAUUGCAGCCUCUCAAAGGGAGGCACUCCAGGCCUGUUUGGAAGAGAGGGAAGAAGAGUCGGUGUUCAAGAAACUCCUGGGCAAAGUGAAGGACGAGCAGGGCCUGGAUGCUCAAACCCUCGUGUCUUUCCUGAAGCUGUUUCAAGACACGAAUCCCCGGCUAAAAGCAGCGCUCUUGGAGACUGAGCUGGAUGCUGGAGAAGGCCCACAGCAAACAGAGAGCCCAGGAGAGGGAAAGACCCUGGCUGAUCUUCUCCUGGAUUGCAGGGGAGAGCUGAUCAAGAGCGUAACACGGCUGAGCCCCAUCGUCGAGUUCCUGGAAACGGCAGAGCAGGGAUUCCUGACCGCGGCGGAGAAGCAGGUGGUUCUGGAUUGCUGUGAAGGCAGCUCUCACGAGGAGGCCAUGGAGAAGCUCCUCAAGAAGAUGGGCGAAGAGAAAACGCUGAAAGCUGAAAGCUUCAUCAGACUCCUUGAGGCUGUGAAGGGAUCGUUCCCUGGUCUCCACCGUCUGCUGGACAACUUGGCAACAGCAACUGUUUCUGAUGGCAAAGGUAUCCAUAUGCUAAACAGCCAGUGGAACCCGGAGGAUUACGGAGCCCAACUUUUGAGGCGAUAUCGAGGAAACUUUGCAGAGCUUCUCACGGAUCCCCAAACACUGCUGCAAGGGAUCUCUGCUGCACAGAGCCUCGCUCCUGGUGAGAGAGAGCUCCUCUUGGCCGUGCGAGAGGCCGAGCUUCCCCUGCGCGUGCUCCUGCAGGACAUCCAGAAGGAAGCGGGCGCAGACCUCUUCUUCCAAGCAGUGGCCAGCAGCGAGAGCAGAGCCCUGGAGAUCAUCGUGCGGCACAGCAAGCUCGUCGCAGAGGCCAUGGAGCAGCGAGCAGCCCGGCAGGACUUGGCUCCGGGGGAAGCAGGACUUGCAGAGGCAGUGAGGGAGCUGCUGAGUAUUUCUGCUCAAAAGGAGAGCUCCGAGGCCUCGCUGAGAGCGGCUCUGAGCACAGUGCAGGGGAGGUCUGUCCCAGCCAUCAAGAUCUGCCAGCUGCUGUGCAGUGUUCACGAGUCCUUCCCGGACCUCCAGCCAGUGAUGCAGGAGCUGGGACACGUGGGAAUCCUGACUGAGGGAAGCGAGGAGAAACCUGGGAUCAGGAAGUGGAAGGUAAACAGUGAAUCCCAGGUGGAAGCCCUGGACAAAGAGGAGGACAAGAUGGGAGGUGCUGUGGCCAAGGAAGCAAAGAAUCCCCAGGAGAAGGCUUCUUCCAAGAAGAGUUUUGUGUGCAAAGCCUGUGACAAGAGCUUCCACUUCUACUGCCGCCUGAAGGUGCACGCGAAGCGCUGCCGGGUGGCCCGAGGGAAGCAGGUGCAGUGCAAGGAGUGCGGCCAGGUCAGGGCCACCAAGAAGGAGCUGGAGAAGCACCAGCUGGAGGCCCACGGGGCUUGGGGGGCCAGGACUGGGUCCCCAUGCAGGGCCUGAUGUCGCCUCCGUGCCGCAGGGAUGCAGUACCACAAGCUGACGGAGCACUUCGACGAGAAGCCCUUCUCCUGCGCCGAGUGCGGCGCCAGGUUCGCGGCCAACUCCACGCUCAAGAACCACGCGCGGCUGCACAGCGGGGACCGGCCCUUCGCGUGCAAGCACUGCCUGCUCACCUUCUCGCAGGCCUCGGCCCUGGCCUACCACACCAAGAAGAAGCACUCGGAGGGGAAGAUGUUUGCGUGCCAGUAUUGCGACGCCGUGUUCGCCCAGUCCAUCGAGCUGUCGCGCCACGUGCGCACGCACACGGGGGACAAGCCCUACGUCUGCAGGGAGUGCGGGAAGGGCUUCCGCCAGGCCAACGGGCUCUCCGUGCACCUCCGCACCUUCCACGAUAUUGAGGAUCCCUAUGACUGCAAGAAGUGUCGGAUGAGCUUUGGCACCCUGCAGGAGCACCGCCAGCACGUCCUCGAGGCCCAUUCCCGGGAAUACCACCCCUGCCCGAGCUGCGCCAAAGUCUUCAGCGCCCCGUCCCUCCUGGAGCGGCACAUGGUGACCCACGUCGGAGGAAAGCCCUUCAGCUGUGACAUCUGUGACAAAGCUUACCAGCAGCUGUCGGGGUUGUGGUAUCACAACCGGACCCACCACCCCGAUGUCUUUGCAGCUCAGAAUCACCGCUCCUCCAAGUUCUCCUCCCUGCAAUGCAGCUCCUGUGACAAAACCUUUUCUAGCACUGCUGCUCACCGAAAACAUGUCAAGCAAGAGCAUGCAGGUGUGAAGUUCCACGAGUGUGAGACGUGCAAGGAGGUCUUCCCCACACUGGCUCUCCUGCAGGUCCACCUGAAGUGCAGGCACUCAGGUCAGUUAAUUUGCUGUUACUUGUUUUAUCCCAUGGCCUGGCCGCCGGCCGCCGCGGAGCCGGGCGGGCGCCCGGAGAGCGCCUUCCCCUGCGGGCUCUGCGGGGAGCUCCUCGCCUCGCAGAGGGAGCUGGAGGGUCACUGCAGCACUGAGCAUCCCCAGGUGGUUGUCACAGAAGCCCAAGCCACCACAGCCCAGAUUGUGCAGGUGAUCCAGACGUCAGAGCAAGGGGCAGCCGAGCACAUCAUCUCCUUCGACGAGGCCCCCUUUGCCGGCUCCCAAGUCUUUGUGACGUUGCCCGAUUCCCAAGGGAGCCAAGCCGGCUCGGAGCUGGUGGCGGUGGCUAUGGAAGACUUGUUUGAUGACAAGGUCACUCUGAUCUGUGAAGAAACCAAAUGAGAGUGAGGGGCAGGUACUCGUGUGUGGCCUCAGGAAUG